GGGCUGCAUAGUGAGUUCCAGGCUGCUGAGAACCAGCCCUAGACCUCUGUGUGAGGGUCUUUGCUCUGAAGACAUCACCAGUGUGUGGAGCCUGCCCCACACCACCCCCUGCCAAACCACGGCCUUCACCUGUGUCUUCCGGUGUUUCCCGUGCGACCCAUCCUGUGGGAGUGCCUCGUGGGCGGCCCCAGAGUUCACCCCACGCUCAGCGGCACCAAUGGUGAAGAUGACAAGAUCCAAGACUUUCCAGGCGUAUCUGCCCACCUGCCACCGCACCUACAGCUGCAUUCACUGCAGGGCUCACCUGGCCAAUCACGAUGAACUAAUCUCCAAGUCGUUCCAAGGAAGUCAAGGACGAGCAUAUCUCUUUAAUUCAGUAGUUAAUGUGGGCUGUGGGCCUGCAGAAGAGCGAGUAUUGCUAACAGGACUACAUGCAGUCGCAGACAUUUACUGUGAAAACUGCAAAACCACUCUGGGAUGGAAAUAUGAACAUGCUUUUGAAAGCAGCCAGAAAUAUAAAGAAGGCAAAUACAUCAUUGAACUAGCACACAUGAUCAAGGACAAUGGCUGGGACUGAGCGGGCAGCAGCCACCCACCCGCACAUUGUACCCAGGCGUGAGAGAGUGACUGAACACUUGGUUCCAUCCAUUCGGGGGCCUUGCCAUCUGGGGCACCCUCCCACCCUGACACCAUCUUCCUGGUGACCGGCCUCUAAAUGGCUGUCUCUCUGUCUCUUUGCUUUGUAUCUGUUUGUGAGUUGAUCCUGGCUUCUCUCUCUGUUCUAGUGUUUGCUGAAAACAAAACAACUAAAGGAACAGAUCCUCGACCGCCUGGCAGCAGCCCACCUUGGAAAGGGCCCCAGGACCCUGCAAGAGCUGCCUGAUGGCCUCUUGUCAGGAGAGCAGUGGCUCAUGGGUGUGACGAAGAGGGAAAAGGGGAUCCCUGAGGUCCUGGGGGUGGGCAGGGGCGGGAGGGUGGAAGUAGGGACAGAGCUGCUCUGCUCCUGGAACCCUGGUAACUUAGGCUUGAAAUAUUCAACUUGUCUAAAAGGACAAAGAGAAAAAAAAAAUACCUCAUGACUGCAUUCUCUCUGACCCGAACCUUCACUUCCUGACUCCCGAUGUGUCAGGACAGCAGAUGAGCACAGAAGGGGCAGCAGGCCUGUUUCUCUCUGGCUGAGUUAGGGAAUCUCUGGGUAGGGAGUGAGGUAGGCGAAGCCCAGGUGGGUUUUGAUGACUCUCAUGCCUCACACAGCCUCUGGGUAAUCAUCUUCUUUGCCUCAGCCACUGAAGAUGAGGGGAAAGGGAACUAUUUGCAAUGAGUGUACGAUGGAUAUAUCCCAAAGGCUUUGACCAUCAACCAAGUAAAAUCAGAGAUUGAGGCGAGCAGGGCAUAAGGGAAUGUUGCAGCUUGGGAGCUCCCGAAGAAUGGCUCAGCGAUCGAGCCAGCAAACCAAGACAUAGAACCAGUUAGUAAUUCUGAAUGUCCACCUUUCUUUUCCUGACCCAGUGAGUGAUGUGGCAGGGGAAGGGGUUGAGAGAAAGCAUGGCUGGAAUAGAUCAGAUCAGCACGUGUUUCUUCGGUUUUUAGUGGGGUCAACUAUCCUCCGUUCUUUGUGCUUCAGUUGCGGUUGUCCAGUUCCAUCAUCGUAGACCAUGGAAAACGCAGACCCAGGGCUUUGAGCCUAGUGAUAGCCUGAGUAGUGGAUUCCUCAUGGCCCUAGUUGUCCUGGAUCUGAAUGUCUUCUGUGGCGAGAGAUCUGUUCAUGUGGUGCAGUAAUUGGGGGAGGGGGUUACAAAUUCCAGUAUUAGCCUCUGUCCCCACCUCCCAUCCAAGUUUCAUUGUGUUAGGGAAGUGGAAAACAAAUCCCUGUAAGGCUCGAGAGAAAGAAGAGUUUGUUACAUUUAAUCAACACUGUGAAGUCUGUUCUAUGGCAAUUCAGCCAGCGUAUGGUGCAUGACUGAAACUCAUUUCGCUGAGUUCAUUUCAUUUCGUAGACUGAAAACAUUAAGAUUUGUGUGCAUUAGGUGAUUCUUAGCAUCUCGUUCUGCAAGCAGGCUGAUCCUAUAGGAAAAUGCAGCUUUAAAGGUCUCCAAAGAAAAGAAAAAAGAGUUCUUGGAGAUAAGAAUCUGUAUAAUCAAUGAACCAAGAUUAAAUCCACCAACCCAGGAUAUUUUUGGAAUCACGUCUGUAGCAGAACCAAAUUCCCAUAGGGAGUGAGUCUAUGGUGGAAAUGCCUCUUUGUGUCCAUGUGCCACUGCAGAAUGGGAGAUUGAAUACCGGCACGGCCUGCCCUUCUAGGAGCAGAUGGCGGAAUGACAGAAAGCCGGGUGAUCGUGUGCGGCGGUGGACCGCCUCUCCUCCACAAAACAAAGCGUUCCUAGAAAUUGACAUUUGUUCCCCAAGGCUUCUUGCCCAGCCCUUUCCAGUGCUUUAGUAGCCUUGGAGAUUAAGUUGUUCUCCUUACUUUAUUGCAAGACAGACUGGAAGGGUUCAGAAGCAUUUAAUCUCUGCUUCCGAAGACCUUGUCCCCUGGCUCCCAGGCCCAAGUUCUCAAUAAACAUUUUUCAACUUUCACAUUCCUAAGCUGGCUUUCCAGCACAGAAAUCAUGGAUUUCCCCUCUUUGUCCCUCUUAAAGGAAGUGGCCUUCAUUUGUGGAUUGAUUAGACCCCUUGCCUAGAGUGUCCCGGCUAUUUCUUAAGAGUCUGCUUCAUUAAGAAAAAGGGGAGGGAGCCCAAUCUAGGUAGUUGUUUUGUCUCUAAAACUACAAUUGGAAUGUGGUGACAGAGAAACUGGACAUGGGUGCCCUAGAUUGUCAGGGGGUAGAGAAAGAGACCAAUGUGCCACUGUUUUUUCUUAGAGAUGGGGCCUGGGUCAGAGCAGGCUCCAGCCAGACCCCCGUUCUGGUUGUUUCAGUUACUGUCCACGGAGCACCCAAUGGGUGCAUGGCGCCACACUUGGUGCAAGGGAAUGAGUGUUGGUUUUCCACAGCUAUGAGAGAGAAAAGAAAAAGAAAAAACUCAUUAGGCUUCCCUUUGUGUCCGUGAAACCAAAAGUGCUCCUUAUACCGUUAGCUCCAUUUACGGCUCGUCAUCCUAACACUUGGCAGUAUUGGAGAGGCUGAAGCUGAGCAAUGGAGGUAUAUCAAUGCCUCGGUUGGUUUAUUCUUUUUUAAUUUCUUCACCAAAUUAUUGACUCAGAGCGUAACCAAAGACCUCAUUCACCACCCCCCCCAUCGGUUCAGGGAAUUGGAGUCUGUUGCUUACACGAGGGCGGGGUGCGGGGAGCGGGGAAGGGGGAAGGGGAAGUGAGAGAGGGAAGGCGUGAAGCUCUGUGCCUCAGCCGGCAAUGCCUUUGCUUCGAGCUGCAGUCCAGCUGGCAGACCUGAGUUCCACCUCCCUGGGUCACA